UACCACGGCUGUAAACAUUAUCUACAAACGUGCGCAGUACCACCGAACAACUACAUACUACUGAAUUACGUGUGAACGUGAUGGAUUGCGGUGAUUACGAUAACAUGAUUUACAGUACCCAACGUUAAUGACGAAUUCUUUUGUUAUUUGUGCGUUUUAGAAUUUUCGUUUUUUAAGGAGUUUUCGAAAUUCGAAUGGGCUUGGUGCGAACUGUGCGUGUAAAGAUUAUAUUACUAUUAAUAUAAAUAUUGUCUCUGUGACUAUUGGCGGUCUCAAACUAUAAAAACAUGAAUGAAAAAGGCAUAAUCAGUUUAAGUUUCAAUCAAGAUCGUACUUGUUUCGCCUGUUGUACUGAAACUGGCUUAAGAAUUUACAAUGUUGAACCUGUAUCACCAAGAGAAAAGUUCGAUUUUGGUGGUGUAUCGAAAUGUGAGAUGCUCAAUCGAACAAAUCUUUUUGCCAUAAUUGCUGGUGGAAAAUACCCAAAAUAUUCUCAGAACACUGUACUGAUCUAUGAUGCUUUGUUGCAAAAAUUUGUGAUGGAAAUUACUUGUGCCUCCAGUGUAAAAUCUGUACGAAUGAGGAGAAACAAAAUAAUAGUUGUAACUAUGGACAAGAUAUCUGUUUUUACAUUUCCUUCAGUUGUUAAGCACAUAAUCAAUUUGGAAACUCGUCCAAACCCGAUGGGAUUGUGUGAAAUCACUCCUUUAGAAACAUCUACAAAGCAAAUUAUUGCAUAUCCUGGAAAUAAAAUCGGUAGCAUUCAUAUUAUGGAUGUUUCAAAUUUAGAAGCAACAAGUUCUAGCGCUCCGGCAAUACUCAAUGCUCAUCAGGGAGAGAUUUCAUGUUUGGCUAUUAAUCCACUCGGUACACUUAUAGCUAGUGCAAGUUCCAAAGGAACCUUAAUCAGAAUCUGGGAUACUUCUCAUAAAGUCAAAGUUGCUGAACUAAGACGUGGGUCAGAUACAGCAACAUUAUACUGCUUAAACUUCAGUCCUAAUUCAGAAUUUUUAUGCUGCUCAAGUGACAAGGGCACAAUUCAUAUAUUUGCAGUGAUAGAAUCUGACUUAAAUCGCCGAUCUAGUCUAUCACCAUUUAGUUUUUUCAGUUCUUACUGUCAAUCACAAUGGGCUUUGGCUACUUUUACAGUACCUCCAGAAGUGGGCUGUAUUUGUACUUUUUUGACUCUAGAUACUGUUGCUGCUAUUUGUCUUGACGGUACUUAUCACAAGUUUGGAUUUUCUAAAGACGGUACUAGCAGACGUAGAGCGUUUCAAAUAUAUUUACACAAUUGUGAAGAUGAAGAAAUUUAAAUUUUUUUUUUUUUGACUUGGAAUUUUCUAUUAUAUAAAUCUAUUUAUGUACCAUAAGUUACUCCUAAUUCAUUUUAAAAUAAAUUUAUGUAACAACCGUGUAAAAAAAAAAUAAACAUUUAAUUGAUUUAUAUUUUUUUUUGCUUAUACAUUAUGUGUAAUACAAAUGUUAUACUUUUUUUGGUUUUAAAAUUUUAAUUUAGUUCAAAAAUAAUGUUUUUUAUAUUAUAAACUUAAACAUAUUAUUGAUUAGUGGAAGUUCAAAACUUUUUUUGUUACACAUUUUCCAUAUCUUAUAGAUAUUGUAAUUAAUGUAAUUAUUUGUUUUUAGUUUGGUAUUUAAUUUUAAUGAUGAUCUAUAUUGUACGUUGAAUUCAAAUUUUAUUACGUUAUAUACAAUUAUGUUUUUAUUUUAUAUAUAGUUAUUAAGAAUAAUUUAUACUGUACGUCUUUUUAGCUAUAUUAUUAUGUAAUAACUAUUAUCUUGAAAACAAUUAUAAUUUAUUGAUUUUGUCUUUUUUUUAUGUGGAAUAACAUAAUGUAACUGUUGUCUACUGCGUAAUAUUUACGUGUAUACUUUACUGUGUUUAUUUUGCAAAAAAAAAGAUACUUGAGAUGAUUAUUUUUA